AUGCUCCCCGUGGAAGUCUUGCUCAAUAAUUUAUUUUCUCUUUUACUCUUAUCUAUACUGCAGACAACAGAAGGUCCGAUAUCAGAUCUCGACGAGAUAUCCACAACAAGACCCCCCGAUAUGGUAUUCUACUUUUGUGGAGUUGCUUGUAUUCGACCCUUGACAGCCAUGAGCACCUCGAACAAUUUCCUUGUUGCGGAAGCACAACUUGAACUUGAUCAGGCGAGAAAGGCAAAGGCUGAACGGACGAAAUCCCUCGGCGAUCCCCUGGAGCUCCCUGGCAAAGCUUUGGCGAUAGAAGUGCGAGAUGGAAUCGCCUGGAUCGCAGAGAAUACGACCGUGAUUCGGAAGCUGGAGCUUGAGUCAGGAAAGACACUUCAGCUCUUCAAAGGGCAUACGGGACCUGUCACCGCUCUUACCUUCUGCGACAGAGUCUUUCGAUCGGGGGACAAUGAGAUCCUCGUAACUGGUUCAUGGGACAAGUCGAUUAAACUAUGGGAUACGACCACCAAGCAGCUCCUUUCUUCAACGGCAAAUGCGCACGAUGAUUUCGUGAAGUCUCUCCAUGUUUUUCCCUCGCUUCACCUGUUGGUGUCAGGCAGCUCUGACAAGAUUGUACGAUUCUGGGAUAUCUCCAAUCCAGAAAGUACAGAGUCUCUCAAGAGUUUAGGAUCCAUCUCCUCCCAUACACGUCCUGUCGAAUGCCUAGACGGACAGGCUCUCUCAGACACAUCUGCCGUCCUUUACACAGGAGAUACGAUGGGCGUCAUCAAGGUCUGGGAUCUGGAAAAAGAUUCGAGUUCUCUGCCCCGCUGGAAUGCUCGGCUAAGAAGCACGAUAAACCACCACAGGACGAGGAUCAACGAGCUGAGAUACGGCGGUGGAAACCUCUGGACAGCGUCGGCGGACGAAACGGUGCGGAUCCUCCCAGAAGAAUUGCCAAACGCAACGAAGGUCAAAGCAAAUCCCCCAAAGCCCGUCGAGCAUCCUGUAGCUGUGCGAGCGAUUCUGCCCCUUCCAUUGACCAAUCUCAGCGAGCCAUACCUCCUGACUGCCGCUGGGGAUAUCCUGAGGACAUACGAUAUCUCCGAUCCUAGCAACCCGGAGCUCCUUGGGGAAGUGGAUGCGCAUUGGCACGACAUCACAGCUAUUCGACUGUGGGUCCGAAGAACGACAGGAGAGGACGGGAAGACGCGCGUUGAGCCGUGGAUUAUCACGACGAGUUUGGAUCAGACGAUUCGAAAGUGGAAACUGACAGAACUCUUGAACCCACCGCCUCCAGCUCCAAAGCCAACAGAAGAGAAGCCGAUAGCACCUCCGUCGAAUUCAGGUUUAACAGAGGAGGAAGAACUCGUGCUGGCUGAAUUAAUGGACGACUGA